AUGGGAUUCCAGAGUUCUAAAAUAAGCUGUGUUACUUAUAGCAUAAGCAAAUUCAGCGAGCUGAUAUCGCCAAUCAAAGCGGUUUCGUUAUCGAGGGAGAGAGAGAAAGAUGCAGCCAAAAUCAAAAGCUUGCUUGCAGAAAGUGACCUAUUGAUUUUCCCUGAAGGAACUACUCGCAGAGAGACAUUCCUUUUGAGAUUCAGUGCACUUUUCGCCGAGCUUACACAUAGAAUAGUGCCUGUUGCUAUUAACACUAAGCAAAGUGUUUUCUAUUUGAAUACUGUAAGAGGGUACAAGUUUUUGGAACCUUAUUUUGUUUUGAUGAAUCCGGUUCCUGUUUAUGAGGUUGACUUCUUGGAUCAGUUACCCAUUGAGCUUACUUGCAGCAGAGGUGAGUCAGCCAUUGAAGUUGCGAAUUAUGUUCAAAGGGUUUUGGGUGCUACACUUGGUUUUGAGUGCACAAAUUUGACUAGAAAAGACAAAUAUACUGUCCUUGGAGGUACAGAUGGUCGGGUUUCGACGUGAGGAUUUUGGAUCAUAUAUUUUUAUGUUUGUCUUCUCGUGUGUACAAUAAAGCUUAGCCAGAAGAGUAGUAAUGUGGCAGCAUGUGGUUGGUCUCAGAAUUUUUCUUUCUCUUUUCUCUUU